AUGGGUGGAGGAGCUGUCUGCUAUUUUCAUUUCUCUGCCUUCAGCGGACUCAAGUUCAGAAACCAAAUUCUCUCUUUCAAUGAAGUAGCAGAUAGGGAUUCAGUGUUCAUCUCCCGAAGGGAGCUUCUUAAUUUAGCUGUUUCAAGCACAAGGGCUGAUGGGAACCCUGUCCCUGGAAGGGCACCAAAAGGAGAGUGGAAAAAGAAUCCUGAAUCUAUGGAGGCCGAGAAGAAAACAUCCAAGGAAGAGAUCCUAGCUCUCUUUAAGCGGAUUCAGUCCUCCAUCUCCAAAGGAGAGACCAUAAAAUCCAGGAAUAGAAAUUCAAAGCCAGCCGAAGAUGCGUCCUCAGGUGAAGCACUUCUGGAGGUCCUUCGUCAAUCAACAAGAAAAGGGAAAACUGGAAGGAAGCAAGGGGAUAAACUGGUGGCUUCAGGGAAAGGUUUGCUAAUGAAAGAACAGAAAGCAGAACAUUCAUCAGAGAAGGACGUAAAGUCGAGCAGGCCACCGUCAAAUUUCACGAAAAGGUCCCCAGUACCAUCACUGUCAAGCCCAAGAAAUGAAGUUGAUCUGAAGAGUGAAGUAUUGCCCACCGUGGAUGUCAACACCGAGAUAAUAUCCAAGAAGUUCGAGGAAAUGAAACUUGCUGAAUUAAAAGAAGUUGCAAAAUCUAAAGGAAUCAGAGGUUACUCAAAACUUAAAAAGAGUGAACUGGUGGAUUUGCUAAAGAGAUCAUGA